AUGACUUUUACGGCUCCUUACUUUCAGUAUACUGAUUAUUACGCGUUUGUCAAUUUGUUCGAGCAGCAAGUCGAGAUCCACGCAAAUACAGUAUUUGCACGCUACCUUGCUGUGCGAAACGGUUCAUCCACUUUUCUUUCGUUAACCUACCGACAAGUCGACCAUUUGGCAACCAAUUUGGCGUGUCAAUGGCAUCCGUAUCUACACAAGGCCGACGUGGUUGGAUUCAUUGCCGACCACAACAUCUUUUACCUGAUCAGUCUUGUUGCGAUUCUGAAAUUGCGGGUGACCUUUUUGUCUCUUUCGCCACGAAACUUGGAGGCCGAUGUGGUGGGUCUUUUGCAUAAAACCCAUGCUCAAGUCGUCAUGGCCACCGAAAAAUACCGUCAUGUGGCUACAGGAGCAGCAAGUCAAACCGAGCAUUGUGAAGUCAUCAUCCUUCCGCCUUUCGAUUUGGAAAAAAUGUUGCAAGAGCCGCUUCACCCAAAAGCAGACACCUUGCUAAACAAACACUAUACUUUCGAUGAUAUUGAAAAGAUUGCCAUAAUUUUCCACAGCUCCGGCUCCACUUCUUACCCAAAGCCCAUUCAACUCAGCAACCGCUACCUGAUUCUUCUGCUCCAGUACCUUCGUUAUCGUAUCCAAGAAUCCGCUCCCACAUUAACCUACGAUGACCGUGAUACUGUGCUCUGUGCGAGUGCUCUCUUCCACCUAUCUGGCUUUAUAUCGUCUUUUAUGGGAAUGUUGGUGGGCGCUAGCACCGUAUUGGUGGCAACAGUGCCAGCCUCCGUCGAUGAAGUGCGCUUGGCGAUUACCGAAACCAACCCUACCAUGAUGGGUACAAAUCCCUUGGUCCUUGAAAAACUCUUGUUCUAUAUGACAGAGCAUCAAGAUUUUGAGUUGAUGCAGCGUCUAAAGUUGGUCUUUUGCGGUGGGGGUCCUUUAAAGUCCUCUUUCGGCGAAGAGCUUACCCAACAUCAUAUCAACAUAAAAAAUUGUUACGGAACUACUGAGAUCAGUGUCGUACUUUGCUCCGAUUUCGAUCCAAGCAACAAGCAGUGGAACGUCUUGCGCGGGACACCAAUCUAUGCGCCUUAUUACCAAUUCGAGCCUUGUGACACCGACGAUCCUACAGUGAAGCAUCUGGUAAUCCCAGCAAAUGCUCCCUUCCUUGCGACAGGGGUAGCCAACCGCGAGGAUGGAGGCUAUAAUACCAAUGACAUUUUCCGAGAAGUGACACCCAAUUCUGGUGAUUACAUUUACGUUGGACGCAAAAAUGAUGUAUUUGUCAUGCAAAACGGUGAGAAAACUAACCCGGUUCCAAUGGAGAAUGUCAUCACCGGUGAGCGAGUCAUCAAACAGUGCGCGGUCAUUGGUGAGCGUCGCCCAUGCACCUGUGUUUUAGUAGAGCUGCGACCAGAGUAUUUGAGCAAUUCCUUGACAGACGAAGUCAUGCAGAGAGUUCGACGAGCUGUGAACCGGGCAAACAAGGAGGCACCAAGUCACAGCAUCAUUCAUCCGCAAAUGAUAAAGAUCUUGCCGCCCGGCGGACAGAUCCCUUUGUCGGACAAAGGCACCAUCAAACGUCAAGCCGUGGUAGACGAGUACAGUGAUAUUAUUGCUGAACUGUACGACGAUUUCCUAAACCAAAAUUCGAACUGUACUGCGGCAGAAAAGAACGGUAUGGACUGGCCGAAACAGCGCAUCGCUUCAUACUUGGUAGACUCGGCAGCCGAGAUGCUCGAUCUAACCGUGUCAGAGUUGUCUCAAUAA